AUGUCCCCCACAGCAGAAGAACGUGGCUGUCAGCUCAACUGCGACGAUGAUGAAGGCUACACGGCCGACAUUGGUACACCCCCAAAUCAUGGCAACUUGGCCCUGGACCCCAGUAGUCCUGAUGGUCCCAUCUCCACUCCCGAAGCAGCAAAAUUGCUCAUGGAUUUCCUUUUCCCCGAACCUCUCGAAUUCCCGCUACUUCUUCCUGACGCCCCACGCUUUCCCACACGGACAGCUGCUCACGCCCUAGCAGCACAAUACAAAGGCAAACCACUCAACAUUUGGGAGGCUGUCCACAUAGCGAAUCAACAGAUGGAUGAUGAAGUGGUGGAGGGAUCAGUGUCUGGGGAGAGUGUGUUGGUUGAGGGCUCGCAGCUCCAGCGUGCUAGGUUGGAUAGGCAACCGUGUAAUUUGCUGUCUGAUCCCGCUCCUCUUGCGAGCCCAAGAAUCCCUCAUAGGGGUGCAUAUUCAGCACCUCAAGCAUCUUGUCGCAAGUCUCCUCCGAAGACAACACCAGCUUCCAACACCUCAUAA